AUGCAGCUUAUAAUAGCUUUUGCCUUCAUAAUUCUGGCGCAUUUCGCCGUUUCCGCCCCUACAGAAAGGUUUGCGGGCCAUGUCCUGCCUCAAAAAUCCCGGAAUCUUGAUAUCGUUCGAUCGGACGUCGACACGAGAUCAAAAUUGGACAUAACUUAUAAUGUGUUUCCCUGCAAGAAUCCUGAGAGCUGCCCUUUAAAUACAGCCAAAUCGGCUCGGGAUAAAGCUUUGGAACGCAGAGUCGGCCCAGGAGGCAAUUCCGAGACGAAAAACAAUCCCCAAGAGCGUUUUCGGUUCAGAAAAGGUUGUAGAAAGGCUGCAGAAAGGAUUGCAGAGGGCUUUAGCGCAUGCAUGGGCAGAGGCACUUCUGCCGUGGAAGGGGAGGCCGCCGAACUUGUCGUCGACGCUCAGCAAGCAAAAAAUCGUAAGACAAAGAAGACAAAACAACAACAAAGUCAACUAGGUACUCCAAAACCGUACAAUGAGGGACUCGUGAAUAAGGCUGUCGGCGGCCUUCAGAGAAUAGCCCUUGUUACUGGUGUCAAAGCUUGGGAUGCGUUCAUUAAAGUUAAUGACUGGAGAAAAAAUAAAUACAAACAAAGAGCGGAACGGAAGCAAAACAAGGCCGCGCUGAAGUCAGGACAGGAGGGUAGGAACGGUGGCCCUAACCAGGCCCCAGAGAGCCAGGUCCCCAACGAGAUUCCCAACCCAGAGUCUUGA